AUGUCCUUUUUUAGUGAAAUUGAAUCAGGUGAACCAGUAGAAAUGUAUAAACUUAAAAAAGCCUAUUUAGAAGAUACAUUUGAAAAAAAAGUGUUUUUGAGCUUUGGUGCUUAUCGGUCAGACGAAGGAAAACCGUGGGUUCUUCCUGUAGUGAGAUCUCUCGAAAAAAUACUAUCUCAUGAUGAAUCGUUGAAUAAAGAGUAUUUGCCCACUUUGGGAUUGGAAACUUUUAGUACUUCUGCAACCACCAUGUUGCUAGGGUUAGAUUCCCCAGCCAUUAUCCAGAAAAGGUAUUGUGGUAUUCAAAGUAUAUCUGGAACGGGAUCGCUAAGAAUUGGGGCUGAAUUCCUUGCAAAUAUGGGAAAGAAAAUAUUCUACGUUCCUAACCCAACUUGGGAGAAUCACAAAAGGUUAUUCUUGCAAGCAGGAUUUGAAGAAUGUCGAGAGUACCGUUACUGGAAUCCUACUACGCAUCGCUUAGACUUCGAAGGUCUAAUAGACGAUUUAGACAAAGCACCUCAAGAUGCAGUUGUUAUUUUACAUGUUUGCGCUCAUAAUCCUACCGGUGCUGAUCCUACUCCUGAACAAUGGAAUAAAAUUGCAAACGUAGUACAUAAACGCAUGUUAUUUCCAUUUUUUGAUUGCGCUUACCAAGGAUUCGUAACUGGAAACGUGAUAGACGAUGCGUAUUCAGUAAGACUGUUCGUGUCAUUAGGCUUUGAACUCUUCUGCGCGCAAAGUUUUUCAAAAAAUUUCGGCCUGUAUAAUGAACGUAUAGGAAAUUUGACCAUUGUCGUCAACAAUCCAGACGUAAUACCUGCUAUUAAAUCUCAAAUAACAUAUAUAGUGAAUGGAAUGUACUUUAAUCCUCCGGGACUGUGUGCGAGAAUUGUUACUUACGUUCUCAACAAUUCUACCAUGUACAACCAAUGGCAAGAUAACGUUAGAUCAAUGUCUUCUCGACUUCUACUCAUGAGGAAGCAAUUAAAAGAGAUUUUAGACCACUUGGAGACACCUGGGAAUUGGAAUCAUCUCGUUGAACAUUCUGGAUUUUUUUCGUAUACUGGAUUAACUCCUAUUCAAGUUGAAUAUAUGGUGAAUAAAUAUCAUAUUUAUAUGUUAACAUCAGGAAGAAUGAGUAUAACUGGAUUAAACUCGAAUAACGUGUAUUAUGUGGCAAAAGCUAUUUGUGAGGCUGUUUCAUUGUUUCCUCAAAUUCUGUGA